AGUAAGGGAAAUUGAAUUUGCUGUAUAAUAUAAUUACGUAGAUAAAAGAUAAAUGGAGCAUCACAAGAUCCCUGUCAGAGUUUUAAAAUGUGAGCCGCCCAUUCUUUCCAGAGGAAAUCUAUGAAGAAGUGAUAGACCAAGUGCCUUUAGCAAGGCAACUCCAUUGGCUCGUCAAAAUAUUUCUCCAGUGAAGUUACCUGAGUUUCCUGAAAUUUACCAAUCAUUAAAUCCCAUCCACAAUGGUUGGAAUGGACAUUUUGUGACAAAUAAGAGCUCCUUCAUGAAUUUGCCUCAAAAUAUCUUUGAACUAAAUUUCAGCAUAAAUGAGCUUGUAAGAUAUCUUCAUGACUCAUUUAAGCCUAGUCUGGUGCCCAUACUAUUAGACCAUCAAGCCUUAAAAAAUCUAGAGAACACGUGCAAGUUUCUAAAGGAGCCAAUCAUCAACAAGAAUUCUCCAAAUGAUAGAAAAUUGACAGAAAAGGUACUUGAUUCCGACCAAGAUUCUAAAAGUGAUACUACUGCGAAUCCUGAAGAGUCUCAGACACAUACUCAAGUCUUUACUCUGACCCGGCAUAGAGUGGGCUUCUAUACUAAGCAAGAGAGGCUCCAGAAGAUCAAGAAGUAUAAAGCUAAGAUACUUGCUCAUACUGAAAACAAAAACAAAAUCAGGUACAUGCUCAAAUCUCGGAUUGCCUCAUCAAAGCCAAGAGUUGGUGGCAGAUUUGUAAAGAAAUCUAUCACCUAAUGCGUAUUCAUUAUCCGAAUAGUAGAGGAAACAGGUGUUUCUUAGUUAAAUAAUUUUUAGGCCACGUAAUA